UUUCGCGCGAUGCCGCACGCCCCGCGCUGCACCCUAGCCUGUCGCGACGGCGCUCGUACACAUCACAAUUCAGAGCUGACCGCUGCACGGCUCCUGCAGAUGCGGGCGAGCGCUGCUGCUCCCACGUGGUGCGGCUUCGUCUUGUCCUCGGGACGCGCCGCGCGCUCGCAGGACGCGCGCGCUCGCAGCUUGCCAGCGCACCACAAGCACAUCAAGCUGCAUGGACCACGCCUCGUCAAGCACCGCCGGCGUGCGAGCUGCGCGCCAGCAGCUGCUGCUCCAGAGCGGCGCCGCCGUGCCGCCGCGCUCGCCGGCGUUCCGCUGGCCGCCGCACGAGGCCCUGCUCGGCGCGCAGCGGCACCUCGUCGCCGACCUCGCUCUGGCGCGCCCCGAGGGCCAGACGUACGCACGGGCGCUGGCAAAGGGCCUCAUUGCCAGGCUUGAGGAGGCGGUGCGCGAUGCUGAGGCGCGCGGCCACGAGGCCGAGGUGAGCGCCGAGGCCGAGGGGAGCGCCUCGGGCAUCAGGCUCGCGCAGCAGCUGACUCUCGCCCAGGUCGACGGCAGCCUGCUCGAGGUGUACGCAGAGCUCCUGAGCGGUGCUUCAGGAAGCAGGUAAGCUGUGCUGUGGUGCUCGGCCAUAUGCCCGCUCGCUGAGCCAGUGCAGCCUCGCGGCCACGGUGCCCCCGCCCCAGACGCGCGCCUACUACUUCCCUCGCUCCCUGCUCGGCGGGCGCACCGCUGCCGCAUCAGAGGGCGCAGGCCACGCGGGCUCUCUGAUGCAUGGCUGGGAGUGUGUGCGGCUCGUCGAAGACGGCACGACGAUUGCGCAGGGCACCACUGGGCUGCGCACAUGGGAAGCCAGGUGCGUUUUGCGAAGCUGUCAGGUGGCCCGCUGGAGGCUCACCCGUCCCCCAAGCCUGCGUCUUGGAGCGCACUUCCUAGCACGCCCGCCGCCCACAGACGCGCGCAUUCUCGAGCUCGGCGCCGGCGCCGGCUUGCUCGGCGCCAUAGCCGCCAGGCUCUGCCCUGCACACGUCACGCUGAC